GAAAAGCGAAGAAUCGACCGGAAGUUUACAAACAUUAACCGAGCAAUCCAAGAUUAGCUAACAAUUUUAUGUUGUUUUGACCAACCAUUGACGACAAACAUUAGUUAAAACAAACAUAGAGGAAAAAUGGUGUGUGAAAAGUGUGAGAAGAAGCUCGGUAAAGUUAUCACACCUGACACCUGGAAGGAUGGGGCACGGAAUACAACAGAGGGUGGUGGGCGUAAGCUGAAUGAAAACAAGAUCCUGACUUUGAAGAAAGCUAGGUUUGACCCAUACAGCAAGACAGGCUUUGCCACCUGCAGGAUCUGCAGAAGCUCAGUUCAUCAGUCUGGAUCACACUACUGUCAGGGCUGUGCGUACAAGAAAGGAAUCUGUGCAAUGUGUGGAAAGAAAGUUUUGGACACCAAGAACUACAAACAGACAUCCGUGUGACAGCGUGCCGAUCCGAGAAAAGUUCCUACGAGUGAAUAACAGAUGUGAGGAUGAGACUGAUGUGUAUGUUUGUCAACGUGUCACAUUUUCAGUAUGUUUCCACAGUGUCCUGCUCACCAUACAACUAUAACUCUUUUGUGUUAUUUUUACCACUUCUUGUGAAGGAGAGAGAUUUGGAGCUGGCUUUAACCCUCUUAUUACAGAAUAUCAUAUAAUGCCACUGGAACUAUUACAGUGGCCGUACACAGGGAAGCACCGUUGUAUCCAAAUACACCACCGGUCAUCACCUGUUUCUGAAGUCGAGGCUUCUAGAUUUAAUUUUGUAUAUUUUAAACGCUUCGAUUCUUUGCUUUAAAAAAAAAAAAAAAAAAAAAAAAAAAAGUUGAUAUCUGUA